AUGGCGCUCUUGCAGAUGCGGGCGCCGGUCGACUACCGGGCACAAGAAGACGCCUUCGAAGCCUUCCUGCGCGACUUCAAAUGCACCCCCGAGCAGACCAUCACCACUGCCCUCGGCAACAUCAACAUUGCCGACGACGACCUCAGCGACGAUGAGGACCUUAUGGCCGAUGAUAACACACCCCGCCGGCCGAAGGAGAGGAGUGCCCCAACACACAAGUACCAGGAGAUCUUGCAGCGGUUGGCCGACCGCAAGCAGAGCGAAAUCAUGAUUGACCUGGACGACCUGUACACGUUCGAGCAAGAAGUGUACCAAAAUGAAGGACUACGCCUUGUUGAGUCUGUUGAGAAUAAUACUAAGCAUUACGUCGAGCUCUUCUCCCGCGCCGUCGACAAGCUGAUGCCCCAACCCAGCGAGGGCAUCACCUUCAAGGACGACGUGCUGGACGUGCUGAUGGCGAACCGCCGCGAGCGCAACGAGCUACUAGCUAGUGCCGCCGAGCGUGAGGCCGACCCGACCAUCCUGCAGGACCAGUACCCGGCCCAGCUGACUCGCCGCUACACCCUCGUCUUCAAGCCGCGCAGUGCGACGCUUGACCACCCGCCUAAGGCCCUCUCUGUACGCCAGGUGCGUGGUGACCACCUCGGCAAGCUUAUUACCGUGCGCGCCAUCACCACGCGCGUGUCGGAUGUCAAGCCGAUCGUCCAGGUCAGCGCCUAUACCUGCGAUCGCUGCGGCUGCGAGAUCUUCCAGCCCGUCACGGCCAAGCAGUACGGUCCUUUGACGCUCUGUCCGUCCAAGGAUUGCACUGAGAACCAGGCGAAGGGCCAGCUGUACCCAUCUUCGCGCGCUUCCAAGUUCCUGCCCUUCCAGGAGGUCAAGGUGCAAGAACUGGCCGAGCAGGUUCCCGUGGGCCAGAUCCCGCGCACGCUGACCGUACUAUGCUACGGCACCCUCGUCCGGCAGGUCAACCCGGGCGACAUUGUUGACAUCUCGGGCAUCUUCCUGCCGACGCCCUACACCGGCUUCAAGGCGCUGCGUGCUGGUCUCCUGACCGACACCUACCUGGAGGCUCACUACAUUGUGCAGCAUAAGAAGGCCUAUGAUCAGAUGGAGAUCGAUCCGUUGAUGGCGCGCCGUCUGACUCGUUUUGCUCACCUGGGCAACCAGUACGAAAUUCUGGCGCGGUCUAUUGCUCCAGAGAUCUACGGUCACCUCGACGUCAAGAAGGCUCUGCUCCUCCUGCUCGUCGGCGGUGUCACCAAGGAGGUCGGCGACGGCAUGCGCAUCCGUGGCGACAUCAACAUCUGCCUGAUGGGUGACCCCGGUGUGGCCAAGUCCCAGCUGCUCAAAUACAUCUCGAAGGUCGCCCCGCGCGGCGUGUACACUUCCGGCCGCGGCAGUUCCGGCGUUGGUCUGACCGCCGCCGUCAUGCGUGACCCCGUCACGGACGAAAUGGUUCUCGAAGGCGGCGCGCUCGUCCUGGCCGACAAUGGCAUCUGCUGCAUCGACGAGUUCGACAAGAUGGACGACCACGACCGCACGGCCAUCCACGAAGUCAUGGAACAGCAGACCAUCUCCAUCUCCAAAGCAGGCAUCACCACGACCCUCAACGCCCGUACCUCUAUCCUGGCUGCCGCCAACCCCGUCUACGGCCGGUACAACCCGCGCUUGUCAGCCGUCGAAAACAUCAAUCUGCCCGCGGCCCUCCUCUCCCGUUUCGACAUCCUCUUCCUCCUUUUGGACACCCCCUCCCGCGAUGCAGACCUCCAGCUGGCCAAGCACGUCGCCCACGUACACAUGCACAUGCGCCAUCCCGAUCUCAACGUCAACGGCGAGAACGGCUCCUCUUCCGAGGCAGCCAUCUUCACCCCGCAAGAAGUCCGAGCCUACGUCGCGCACGCACGCACCUUCCGCCCCGUGGUCCCGCCGGCGGUCUCGGAAUACAUGGUCAAGACGUACGUGCGCAUGCGCUCGGCGCAACGUCGGGCCGAGCAGAAGGCUCGCACACACCCGAACGCCAAUCUCAACAAUUUCGGACAUACCACGCCCCGUACGCUGCUCGGCGUCGUCCGUCUCGCGCAGGCGCUGGCUCGUCUGCGCUUCAGCAACACCGUCUCCCAGGAAGACGUGGACGAGGCACUCCGGCUGCUGGAGGCCAGCAAGGAGAGCCUGCUCACGACGGUCGACAGCGACGGGCGCAAGCGCGGCAGCGCGAUGAACGCCAGCUCGCGGAUUUACAAUCUCGUCAAGGGCUUGGCCGACAGCGGGGCGUGCCGGCCGGACGACGUGUCCGACGACGACGAGGACGAGGCCGGGUCCCUGGGCGUCGAGCUCAGCCUGCGCAAGGUCAAGGAGCGGGUCAUUGCCAAGGGAUUCACGGAGCAGCAGUGGCUGGCGGCGUUGGAGGAGUAUACCGAGUUGGAUGUCUGGCAAACAGCAGGCAAUGGCACGCGCCUGGUCUUCAUUACAUCGGGGAACGAGCGGGACGCGAGCGACGAAGAUCUUUAA